AGCUUUGGCUCGAGACAGUGAGGUCUUGAGCUUGUCGCCCAUGGACGUCCGCAGGCAUGGCGCACUUCUGGUGCUGGUGCUCGCUGGGCGACUUGCCUUCGCAGUGCCUCCGGCGGCCUUCGGUGCGACCGCCUCGGCGGCUCGGUCUGAGGUCACCUUGGCAGCGAAGCCGGGGAAGGCCCCAAAAGCCGCGGUGGACAAUCGGGCCAACCAGAUGAAUCCAAACAAUCCGCGUUAUCAGACGAAGGCGAAGAAGGUGGCACAAUCUGGCAGGGCGGUGUUGAACAACCAAGCCAACCAUGCGAACCAGAUGAAUCCAAAUCAUCCGGCAUUCCAACAAUCUCGUCGUCUCUUGCCGCUCGAGGGUGAGCAGCGGCAAAGGUUCGCGCAAAAGAAGAAGCAGCAGAAUACAAACGAGGGACACUGGGCAAGACGGGCUCAGCUAAAGACUGCAAAUGACAAGCUGCCCACACACGCGUUUGAUUCGUUUUUGCGGGAGCUAAGGAAAGUUGUUCCUUCCGCACAGGUUCGAAAGACUGGUUCACGAAACAAGGGUACUGCCAUCGGUGGCUCUGAUUGGGACUAUCAUAUCACAAGCGAGCCCAUGUCGACGCAGCAGCGUGACCAGAUACUGACGCAUUGCCAAGCAUUUGGGAUCAAAGUUACGUGCAGCAAGGCCUUUACGAUGGAAUCACAGGGAGCGUCCAUUGACUUCUUUCCACCAAACGCUGAGUGGCAUGACAAGGUGUCAGUCCAAAAACCUGGGAGUGUGAAGUUCGAUCACGGGGCUAAGAAUGCAAUCAAAUCCCUGAAAGAUACAGUUCCUGGAGAAGUAUCGCAUGCUCUGGAGCAGCUUCUUCUAGAAAUUCAGAGGGACAAAGGGUGGUCAGACAAGAACGAUCCCUCAGGCCAAAAGCGGUUUCAGGAAGCCCAACGAAGGCUUUGCAACAGAGGAUGCUAAUGCCCCCGGAUUUGCCUGCGGGAUG